UUCCCAUUCAUUUCCUGGUAGAAUUGAGCAUAGCUGAACAUCCUGAAGCAAAGUAAUUUCCGCAGGUUGUCGUUGAUAAAUGUUAAUGUAGCAUCCAGGUUUACUGCCAACAAUGAUUCCUUACACUGUCAACAUCAAGCUAGCUGCCCGGACGUUGACUGGCACCCUAAAUCUGCAGAAUAAAACAGCUGUCGACUGGGGAUGGCAGGGACUAAUAGCGCAAGGAUGUCACUCCAGUAUUCUCAUAAUUGAUCCAAAGACUGCUCAGACCAUCCAGGUCCUGGAGAGGCACAAAGCAAAUGUUGUCAAGGUGAAAUGGUCAAGAGAAAAUUACUACCACAACCUGAGCUCUCCCUACUGCCUGCGACUCGCCUCAGGAGAUGCCUCCGGGAAGAUCAUAGUGUGGGACGUAGUCAGUGGCACAGCUCACUGCGAGAUCCAGGAACACUCAAAACCAAUUCAGGAUUUAGAGUGGUUGUGGAAUCAGGAUGCAUCUCGGGACCUCCUGUUAGCGGUUCAUCCUCCUAACUACAUCGUUCUGUGGAACGGUGACACAGGAACCAAGCUGUGGAAGAAGAGCUAUGCUGAGAAUAUCCUCUCAUUUUCCUUUGACCCAUUCGAUCCAUCUAACAUGGCAUUGCUGACCAGCGAAGGAAUCGUUUUUAUCACUGAUUUUUCCCACUCUAAGCCACCAAGCAGCACUGGCAAAAAGGUGUACAUUGCCAGCCCUCAUGCAAGCCCAGCGCACACCAAACCUGCACCCGCUGCUACUCCUGCACCCACUGGUGCUAAGAAGGCCCUUAACAAAGUGAAAGUGCUGAUCACCAAUGAAAAACCAACGACAGAGGCAGUGACUCUAAAUGACUGUCUGCAGCUGUCCUACCUGCCGUCCAAAAGGAACCACAUGCUGCUGCUUUAUCCCCGAGAAAUUUUAAUUCUGGACCUGGAGCUCAGCCAGACAGUGGGUGUGGUGGCCAUUGAGCGCUCUGGGGUUCCCUUCACCCAGGUUGUUCCCUGCGCUCAGCGUGACGCUCUUUACUGUCUGCAUGAGAACGGUUGCAUUACUCUGCGGGUGUGCCGCUCGACCUCAGCUAUAGAGGAAGCAGCAGACCCAGAACAGAGUCUCCAGGAACUUGUUUAUGACCUGCGCUCCCAGUGUGAUGCCAUAAGAGUCACGAAGACGGUCCGGCCAUACAGGAUGGUUGUUUGCCCUGUAAACGAGAACAAAGCUGCUCUCAUGGUCAGCGAUGGAAGAGUCAUGUUCUGGGAGCUCAAAGCACACACUGGGCGUUCUGUUGCCAAUCCAAGCUCUGCUCUGUCGCCUCUCUACUCCCCUGUGUCUUUUUGUGGAGCUCCUCUGGUUCCGAACCAAAAAAGAAUCCAGGAUCUUUCUCUCAACAGUAUGAUCGGACAGACAUUGAUUGCUGGUGAAACUCCCGUUCCAACAUCAAACCAGCAGGAGGUCCAACUGAAAUUCCUGCUCACAGGCCUCCUCUCUGGUCUGCCGCUGCCACCGUUUGCUAUCCGCAUGUGUCCUCCUCUCACCACCAAAAACAUCAACCACUAUCAACCCCUUCUGGCUGCCGGCACCAGCAACGGGUCUGUACUGGUGUACAACCUGACCAGUGGUUUGCUGCACAAAGAACUCAGUGUACACUCCUGUGAAGUCAGGGGGCUCGAAUGGGUGAGUCUGACUAGUUUCCUCUCUUUUGCCACUUCUUCCCCCAACAACAUGGGCCUGGUACGAAAUGAGCUCCAGCAUGUCGACCUCCCCACUGGUCGAUGUUUUGCAUUCAGAGGUGAGCGAGGAAAUGAUGAGCCGCCCAUCGAAAUGAUUAAAGUGUCUCAUCUCAAACAAUACCUGGUGGUGGUUUUCAGAGACAAACCUUUGGAGCUGUGGGACAUCAGGACCGGCACCCUUCUCCGAGAAAUGGCCAAGAACUUCCCCACUGUCACUGCACUGGAAUGGUCUCCAUCCCACAACCUGAAGAGUCUGAAGAAAAAGCAGAUGGCAGCGAGGGAGGCCAUAGCCCGGCAGACUGUGUCUGAUGCAGAGCAGAGUAGUGUUGAAUCCUCAGUCAUCAGUCUCCUGCAAGACGCAGAGAGCAAAUCAGAGACCAGCCAGGCAAUCUCGGCCAGAGAACACUUUGUGUUGACAGACACCGAUGGGCAGGUUUACCACAUCACUGUGGAGGGCAACAGCGUGAAAGACGGGGCACGAAUCCCCCCUGAUGGUAGCAUGGGCAGUAUUGCCUGUAUUGCCUGGAAAGGCGACACCUUGGUGCUUGGAGAUGUGGAUGGCAACCUGAACUUCUGGGACCUUAAAGCUCGUUUGUCAAGGGGGAUACCGACACAUCGGGGCUGGGUGAAGAAGAUCCGCUUUGCUCCUGGUAAAGGCAACCAAAAGCUGCUGGUCAUGUACACAGAUGGAGCAGAGGUCUGGGACACUAAAGAGGUUCAAAUGGUCAGUGGCAUUCGGUUUGGACGCAAUGUGAACUACCGCAUCCUAGACAUCGACUGGUGUACGUCAGAUAAAGUUGUGUUGGCUUCAGACGAUGGCUGCAUCCGAGUGUUGGAGAUGGCCAUGAAGUCUGCCAGUUACCGCAUGGAUGAGCAAGACCUGACUGACCCAGUGUGGUGUCCUUACCUGCUGCUUCCCCGCGCUGCCCUCACCCUCAAGGCUUUCCUCCUGCUCCAGCCCUGGUCAGGAACCUUCACUAUGGACAUCACACAGGUAGAUUACAGUGAAAAAGUUGAGAUAAAAGGACUGAUCCAGGAGCAGCUCAACUCAUUGUCUAAUGAUAUGAAGAGUGUGCUUCUGGACCCAGAGCUCAGUCUUCUGCAGCGCUGCCUCCUGGUCUCACGGCUGUUUGGCGAUGAGUCCGACCUUAACUUCUGGACGGUGGCGUCUCACUACCUGCAGCUGUUUGCGCAGGCUCGUCAGUUAAGCGUGACAACUGAAGGCGGGAGCGAAGAAACCCAGCCGGCGUCUCAAAACCACCUAGACAUUUGCCACGACAUCCUGUGCGAGUGUUCCUACUUCCAGAAGUUCCAGUUGGAUCGAGUUCACUUGCAGGAGGUGAAGAGGUCCAGCUACGAGCACACCAAGAAAUGUGCUGACCAGCUUCUCCUGCUGGGUCAGACUGACCGGGCAGUGCAAUUGCUGCUGGAGACGAGUGCAGACAACCCAAGCUACUACUGUGACUCACUCAAAGCCUGCCUAGUGACCACCAUCACCUCCUCUGGACCUUCACAGUCGACAAUCAAACUAGUGGCCACUAAUAUGAUCGCUAACGGCAAACUUGCAGAGGGAGUGCAGCUUUUGUGUUUGAUUGACAAGGCAGCAGAUGCCUGCCGCUACCUGCAGACUUACGGGGAAUGGAACCGCGCUGCUUGGCUUGCUAAGGUUCGCUUGAACUCAGCAGAAAGCUCUGAUGUGUUGAAGCGCUGGGCAGAGCACCUGUGCUCCCCUCAGGUAAACCAGAAAUCCAAAGCCAUCCUGGUGCUGCUGUCCCUGGGCUGCUUCUACAAAGUGGGAGAGAUGUUGCACAGUAUGAGGUACUUUGAUCGUGCUGCCCUCUUCAUUGAGGCUUGCCUGAAAUAUGGGGUGAUGGAGGCCAAUGACUCUUCCAAUAAACUCAUCGAGGCUGCAUUUUUGGAUUAUGCACGGCUGCUGCGCUCGCUGGGCCUGCGGGAGGGCGCCGCUCUCUGGGCAUCACGGGCCGGCAGCGCCGGGGAGCAGCUAAUGGAGGAGCUCUUCCAAGGAGAAGGAGGCGUUCCAGAAGCCGUCCUUGGUGAUGACGAAGUGGAAGUGGGGCUGGAGGGCACUGAGUGAAUAAAGGAGCAGCUCCUCUCUGAUUUGUAACUUAAUUGUCAUGAACAAACUCUAAGCUUCCAGGAAACUCCUGGUCUGAAGCGAUGUGAGAUGUUUAUUCCUUGUGAGGUUUUUACUGGAGACUACCUUUGUCUGUGGCUGUAAUGGGGUUGAGUUUUCUUAACACGUGAUGUAAACAGUGUGUGUUUGUGUUCAUGUGUAAAUGCAUGUGACAGCCCAAGAAGAAACACACUUAGUGUCCCUGUUGCCUCAUCACUCCAUGCUGCUCAGCACGUUUAAAUUCCUGAAUGUUUAUUUUCUGAACGUUACUUUCUGUGCUCCUAUUGGUGAUUUCAGAGUACUGCUGUCCCUCUAUGGGUGCGCUCAAAAAAUAUCCUAAUGUAUGGAGGAUUUUCUUGAUUUAAGAAUUGCACUUUUAAUUUUCCACCUAAGAUUUAAUAACUUACUUUAAUUGCCCAUUUAAUACUACACAGGUACACCAACACAAUAGAAACCUACUUCACAGGCAUUUCUGCCUUUUCUUGUGCUUAAGUGCUUAAGUUGCACAGCUUGGCCUUUGUGUUCUUGUUAGAUUCACGUCCGUUUGAGGACUGCCACCAGAGUGCAGUUCAGUACAAAAUAUAUCCUAAAGUGAUUUUAUUAUCUUCAAUGAUAAUAAUGCUGUUUUUAUAGAAGCCUCUGAUGAUUGUUUUUAUUUUCAGGUUCCCGUUAUGCUGUUUGUUAAAGCAAAGCUCAUGAAACCUGCUGCUUAUCAAAAUCACAAAACCCCCUCUGGCUUUUAAACGUUGUCACCAUACAGCCACAAAAUCGCUGUAAUCUAUUGGGAUUAUAAAUGACAGACCAACACCAAAAAGCACAUCUUUGUGAAACUAAACUUUUACAGUAGUUUUUUCACCAGCUUUUCAUGUCUAGAGACACAAACAUUUUUUCCUGUUUAAUUUACUCAGACUGAAGGAAGAGAAUCUUUGAACUAGUAUUUUUAAGUCUUGCCACUGACUUUUUUUUCACAAACUUUUUUCAGAAAUCCUCAUGUUUCUGCUUCACAGGCAUCUCCUGAGGUGAAUUGGUUUGAUUAAUUUACAUUUGGUUAGAGUAAAGACACACCAAGCGUGUUUUCCUUUCAUCCCAUAACCAUAUCGGUUUGUCAUAUUCCAGUAAAACACAUCAAAGGUUGUGGUUAUAAUGUGCAAAGAAGGGAAAAAAAUGUUAAAGGGGUGGGGAAUACUACAGCAAGGUACUUUAAGAUCCACAUUCCCCUUCUCUGCUCUUCCUGCUUCGUUCUUUACAUUCUAAACAUCCUCGAAACCAUCAGCAUGAUAUCACAAAGACUUCAGUCUGUUAGAUGUAAAACCAGACACUGACCUUUAGUGUUGAUGUGUUUCAUAAACACAUCAGUGGCGUUUUGUUUAGUCUGUGCUACUUUAAAACCUACAUCAGUGUUUCUAUGCUAACAGACAUGGAGGACUCAUGUUUCAGUAUCCGAUUAGCUGUAGUGACUCUUUUUCUGUCUACCCGUGUGAUGGCAUUGUGAAGACCUGUAGCUGUCUUCUUGUUCUUUAAACAUGUUUAAUAUUUGCUGCUUUCUUUAUACAUAUAUGAAAUUAUACUGUUGAAAAUCCUGACAUGUAGACAUGUCUAACUGUAUAUUUUCUCUAAAAAAAAAAUCAUUGUAGUUUCUUUUUUUUCUCUGUUGAAACAGUGAUUCUGAAGCUUUAUGGCAAGAUAAAGAAUAUAUAUGUGUAUAUGGA